GUCCUUAUAGGCUGAACAAUAGAAAAGCGUUCGAAAAUGGCGAAUUCACAAUUACCGGUUCACCUUCCCGAUGUCGAUUACGACGACUCCGAUGUCGAGGACGGGUCGACUUCGUCGCAGUGGGAAGACAAUGUGUUCGAUAACCCGUUAUACGAACCCCAACUACAAACCGGCACAGAAGUCCACGACGAGGAGGAGAAGGAGGCUGCGGUUGGACAACCAAAUGACACCCACGAUGCCGGUGAUGUUCCCGACGUUGUCCAGGCUUCAAAGCCCGAAGAAACCGUCAUCGAUGAACGCCGGGGAGAGGUAACAGUCGGCGAUGUCGAGGUCAUGGAGGCGAGCGAGACUUCGGUGGAGAGCUAUUCGAACGUGGACAAUCGGGAGUACGAAUCUAUGAAUGACGUCGUGUCUAGGCAUAACGCGGACGAUGUCGAGAGACAGCAUUUUUCGUUGACCAGGAAGGCCGACGUCGCAGCCGAAGCGCGACGAAUACGGGAAAGAGAGCUCACGAUAUGUAUCUCUAUGUUCGUCGUGGUCAUUAUUGGUGUCGUUCUUGGCCUUGUCAUUUUCUUUUCCGUAUCAGCAACCAAAAGCCUGUCCUCGACAACAGAAAGUCCUAUAACAUCAGUGCAACCAACGGAAUGCCCCCGUAUCGUCAGUCGGGUGGAGUGGGGCGCACGGACUGCCGUAGAGACGGAGCCCCUCUCCGUCCCAACCCCUUACCUGGUCAUUCAUCAUACAGACACAAGUGAAUGCAACAAUACCGAAGACUGUGUGAACGCGGUCCGAGGGAUUCAGAAUUAUCAUAUGGACACCAAUGGCUGGUGGGACAUCGGAUAUAACUUUCUGCUCGGGGGCGACGGUCUCGUGUACGAGGGUCGUGGAUGGGACAUUAAUGGGGCUCACGCCAGAGAAUACAACUCAUACUCUAUCGGUCUGGCCAUGAUAGGGGCUUACUCCAGCAAACUACCUACAAGUGUCAUAGUCCAGAGGGUGCUGAAUCCGAAUCCGAUAAGUGCCAGACGCGAAACCUAG